AUGAAGAUCACACUCGUCAGUCUGUUCAUACUCUUGUUACUGACUUUCAGUUGUUCAGAAGCACACCCAAAACUCAAAGCCAUAGCAGGUACAUUGAAAAGGUCAAUGGGAGACAAGCUUGACGAAAUUGCUCGCAUGAUACAUGAAGAUAAUCUGCUGAAUGAAGGGGAAUCACAUGAAAGGCGUUUGAAGUAA